CGACCAGCAGGUCAGUUCGUAAGGUGGUUUCAUACGUGUGACACUUGGCAGAAGAUUCGAAAGGAAAUGUCGUCUUUUAUCGCGUUCUUAUUUCUAGCUACUUAUAUUUCUGCUCAACAAUUUGAGGGUGAUACUUGCACCACUCACGAUAGGUCUGAAGGUGUCUGUAAAAAUAUAGAAAAAUGCCAGGCAGCCAAGGAUGAAAUUAGGAAGGGAAAUCUACCUUCGAUAUGCGGGUUCGAUGCACGAGUUCCGAUAGUCUGUUGUCCCGCACCGCGGUCAACUACACUACGGCCAACUCGCCCUGCGCCAACUGCAUCAGUGAUACCAACCGAACAGAGCAAGAGCAAGCAGAAGUGUAAGGAGUACUCGUCUCUAGUUUAUGUUAAAGAGGGCGCGACGGUCCUAAUACCGGAUUUUGAACCGGAAAAAGUGUCACAGUGUGUGGAUGGCAAGAAACUCAUUAUUGGGGGUGUUGAGGCUGAACCAAUGGAGUUUCCCCACGUGGCCGCGGUAGGUUAUGGUGAAAGGAGCCAGAUCAACUGGGCGUGUGGUGGAAGUCUCAUCAGUGAGAAGUUCAUCCUCACAGCUGCGCACUGCCUCUCCUCACGCGAUUGGGGUUUGGCGAAGUGGGUUCGUCUCGGUGAUCUGAACCUUAAGACAACAAAUGACAAUACAAGAACUCAGGAUUUUUCGGUAUCCAGAAUAUUCCGACACCCAGAAUACUCUUCUCCGGCUCAUUACAACGACAUUGGCCUGUUGCAACUUGACAGGGAUGUCAAAUUCGACGGAUACGUACGCCCAGCGUGUCUUCACGUGGAGCAAGAUGUCCCCACUAAGCAACCGGAGGCCAUCGGUUGGGGUCUCACAGAUUGGAUUGGUGCGAAAGGGAGUGAUAUGUUGCUGAAAGUUGGUCUUAACUUCGUCAAUCCCGAGAUCUGUAACGACACAUUCAGCCCCAUGAUAGGGGGCAGGAAACUGAGAGUUGGGAUCACAGAUGAAAGCAUGUUGUGUGUGGGGAACCUCGACGGUGGCAAAGACACCUGCAAGGGUGACUCGGGAGGUCCCCUUCACGUCCGGAUGGCCGAACCAUACUGCAUGUUCGAUAUAGUGGGAAUCACGUCCUUUGGGAGUAUUUGUGGUUCCAAGAAUUCUCCGGCUAUCUACACCAGAGUGUCCCGGUUCGUGCCCUGGAUUGAGAGUAUCGUGUGGAGUUAGUACUGUCUUUCCUUCAACACCAUUGACUCAUGCCUCUCAAUAGUUAUGUAAACAUCGAACCUUCAGAGAAGGGCACUGCCCUAAACCGACCAUUCGACAGGAUGUCCAGGCCAUUUCUGUGUAUACCGCGUUAUUAAUUUUAAUAUAAACAUGAAGCUUAAUCCAAUAAUUCAUAUAAAUUUCAUUCUUUAAGUUUACAAGGAUUCUAUAGAUUCUGUAUUCGUGAGAUCUGAAAAUAUUCUCUAUUUAUAUCAUAUUAAGGGUAGCGCCAUAGCUCAAACGGUUAGUCGCUGGCUUCCCACCACGGCGGCCCGGGUUCUAUCCCGGGUCUGGUCAAGUG